CAGUUCGUCAGCCCUAGGCGUGUCCUCUGUACUGCCUAUAAUGUUAACACAAGGAAAUAACUCCCAGCAGAGAGGUUUGGUGCAGCAUGUAAGAUCACAGCUUUAUAUUUCAGAAGAUAUUUCAACAUCAUCAAAUUUUCAUAACAUAAUGGGGGCUCCUGAAGAAGACGAGAUGCUUGGUUUACCAGUCAUAAUCCAUAAAAAAGAUGGCUAUCAUAAAGGAAAACUAGAGUUUUUCCGCUACUAUAAAGCAGCUCAUGUCCUGAACAUAAUUUUCAUGAUGGUGAUAAUCGCAUUGGUAGUGGGGAUCAUCACUAUGGGUGCUACACGUCCAACAUCAAGUAAUGAGAAUAAGGACAGCGAAAAAAUGGCUGGACUCUAUACAACAAAUGAUGAAGCUGAAAACAAGCACAAUAAAUCUGCUCCAUGUGAGGAUGACUGGAUCUGGUACCGGGGAAAGUGUUAUAACUUUUCUACAAAACGUGACACCUGGAUGAACAGCCAGACAUUCUGUAAAUUACAAGAAGCUUCAUUGGUGAACAUAAAUAACCAGGAGGAGCUGGAGUUUUUGUUCCGGUAUAAGGGUAAGGAAAAUCACUGGAUUGGUCUCAGACGCACAGAUGAUAAUACGGCCUGGAUAUGGACUAAUGGAACAUUAUAUAAUGAAAACUUAUUCAAAAUCGGAAGAUCAUUGCAAGAAAACAUUGAAUAUGUUUAUCUAAAUCAUAAAGGUGUGAGAAGUCAAGAAGAAACUACGGAUUCAUAUUGGAUAUGUGAGAAGCCAUAGGGCAAUAUAUAACUGCUUAAAGGGGUACUCUGGUAUAAAAAAAAACUGUUCUGAACGAUUGAGCCGGCACCGGAAGCUUGUGACAUCAUAACUCAUAGACGUCACGAGCUCCCGGUAGCGGUUCCAGUGUUCGGAACAGAUUGUUCCAAACGCUGAGCAGUGGAGUACCCCUUUAAAGAGUACCUCUCAUUAAAAAAUAUUUUUAUAUGUUUUAAA